CCACGCAAUUCACUGGCACAUUUUCGGCGUCUCGUCGCAAGCCAAACGUGUCUUCUCCAUACAAUCAGCACUGCAUUACCUCCGGCGUUUUUGUUCGCAACCACCUUUUAAUUGAGCUGAGCGCGAGCGGCAUUCCUCCUUGAGUCGUCUAACUCCUGUUCUCCGUUUCCCGCUUCACCAAGCGACGCUAUGGCAUCCCCCGGCCCGCCCCCGGGUGCGCAACCCUUUACGCAGCAACAGAUCCAGCAGAUGAUAGCCAUGGAAGCCCAGAAACGCGGCAUGACGAUCCCCCAGUUCCAGGCAUUCCAACGUCAACAGAUCGAGCAGGAAGCAGCCAAAGCCGGCAUGACCCCUCAGCAAUUCAUUCAGGCGAAACAAGAGGAGGCCCGACGAGUGUAUAUGCAACAGCAACAAGCAGCCCAACAACAGCAGCAGCAGCAGCAGCAAGCCCAAGGUCAGGGUCAGGGUCAGGGUCAGCCUCAAGGCCAACAGCGAUCUCCACAAAGCACAACCCAAGUCCAACAUAUUCCCGUCAAUUCCAACGUCGAACCUACCCCGGCCGCCCUGGCAGUCGCAAAGUUUCUACGAUCCCAAGACCUGAAGACAAGAACAUGCAUAUUUAACGGACAGAGGAAGGAAAUGUUCAAAGUAAAACGAGCAUUCCGCGCUCUUAACUCGGACGCCUACAAGAAAGCCCAAAAGAAGAACCCGCUACUUCCCAAAGUCGAAAACGACAUGGAAGCCCGCGGUGCUCUUCAACUGCUCCCACUAUCCAUGCUAGCGCUGCGAGUAACUAAGAAAGACCCUCACGAAGGUCACAACCAUGCCAAACCGAAGAAAGAGAAGCGGGUAAAGGGCCUCUGGGAAGUCAAGAUUGAACAACAGCAGGAUUUCGAUCCUAUGAUGCAUUAUGUCUGGCUGUACGAGGGACCUCAAUGGAAGACCAAGAUCUGGGCUGGCCUGGUUAUGCUUGGUGUCUUCGCUGCGGUUCUUUUCCCUCUGUGGCCUCUUGUUCUGAGACAAGGCGUCUGGUACCUGUCGGUUGGCGCAAUGGGGUUGAUCGGACUGUUUUUCGCCAUGGCCAUUUUCCGCCUCAUUCUAUUCAUCUUCACUUUCUUCCUUGUCCCACCUGGUCUUUGGCUGUACCCGAAUCUGUUUGAAGAUGUGGGGUUCUUCGACAGUUUCCGCCCAGUCUGGGGCUGGCACGAGACCAAGGAGGACAUCAAGCGGAAGAAGAAGGAGAAGAAAGCUAGAAAGGCCCAGAAGCGAGCUGCCGCCGCAUCGGGUGACUCCACCACCACCGUCCAUGAAGCUGUAACGGCCGCCGCCCCGACCAACGGAGCCGUUGUGAGUUCUUCAGUCGAACCUGCUGUCCAAUCGACUCCUGCCAAACGUCAUGCCGCGCCGACCGUCGAGGAGGUCAAUGAGGACUGAUUGAGUUGUGUCGGUUGGCAUGAUGCGAGAUGGUGUCCGAGUAUGAAGUACUAUAGCUGCUCUUUCUGAGCAAUCAGAACUGUACCAACAUAUGGCGGUGUUGCCGUCCAAUCGAAAACAAAAUAGAUGUCUGUCUGUGUGUGUGUGCACACCCCGGGGAAACGGUUCAAGUCAAGUCCAUCAGCAGUGCCAGUUUCUGCUGAUCUGUUUGUGCGGUUGUCGUUGGCGUUAUUGAUUGCGACAGAUUCGUGUCUGUUCCAGUUGCAGUAGUGUCUCUCCUGUCUAAUGUUGUCGCAUUCAGGUUCUUCAUUUCUCCAACUCGCCCCGUAACUCUGGCGAGCAAGAUCCUCAUCCGAUCCAACUCUUUAC